GACAUUUUUGCCCCACACGCGGCGAAGUGAACGCCCGAGGCUCCGACACCACUCUUCAUUUCGUGGACUCUCUCAAUCUCUCCGCCUGUAUGGCUCUAUAUGAAUUUUAUUUCGUUUUCCCUGAAAGAAAUAGACACGAAAACAGAAAGAGCUUAUAGCGCGAGAAGAUCAAGUGUUUGAUUGUUUAACAAGCGCAGAAAGGAAAGGAGGCCGUCAAGGCAUGUAUGCAACUACACCGUUCAAGAAUAACAUAUUUUGAGAGGAAAUAGUGAUUGUUUUGCGACUUGCGAGUGAAGUGAAUGAAUCUGCGAUUGAAGAAGAAGAAGGAAAAAUUGAAAAAAGAAAAGCAGAGAAUAGCGAUGUCGUCCCCUUCAACAAGGCUGCAGUCAAAUCUGGAACGCUUUCUUCAAUGUGUGACUCCAGUUGUUCCUUCCAGGUUCCUUCCUCAGAGCUGUAUCCAUGAUCUAACCAGCUCAUGGCAGCCACCUGGUAGUAAAGACAUGGUUGAAUAUUUCACUUUGGGAGAUCUGUGGGAUUGCUAUGAUGAAUGGAGUGCGUAUGGCUCUGGCACCCAAGUACUGUUGAAUAAAGGCGAGAGUGUUAUGCAAUAUUAUGUCCCUUAUCUGUCUGCCAUUCAGAUCUACAGUAAUAAGGCAGCUUUAGCUUUCAGGAAUUUGAAUCCAGGAGAACACAUUGAUGCAGUAGAAUUUGAAAGUGAUUCUUGGAGUGAUGACAGCACAAAUGAUAAACUGUCAAGAUCUCUAAGCAAUAACUCCAGCCAGACUUGGGAAACCAGUUCUGAGGAUUUAAGCGUUGACCAUGAGGGUUCUUUGCUAACAAUGGAAAGGUUUGGUUAUCUUUACCUACAAUACUUUGAAACGUCUUCUCCCUGCUGGAGGAUUCCACUCAUAGAAAAGAUAACUGAAUUAGCUAGAAAUCACCCGGGACUGAUGACACUAAAAAAUGUGGAUCUUUCUCCAGCAAGUUGGAUGGCUGUUGCUUGGUACCCUAUUUAUCAUAUUCCCACUAAAAGAAAUGAGAAGGAUUUAUCAACAAGUUUCCUCACAUACCAUACAUUGUCAUCAUCUUUCCAAGAUUGUGGGAAUGAGCAUGCUGACAUGCUAGAUUCUAUAGAAGCAACAAGAAUUAAACCCAAAGAUGACAGCAGUGGUGGAAUUUCGCUUCCUCCCUUUGGAAUGGCUAAUUACAAGUUGCAAGGUGAUCUUUGGGUGAAGCCUGAAACAUCUGACCUUGAAAGAAUAAUAUAUCUUCGUAGCGCUGCAGAUUCGUGGUUGAAGCAGCUCGAUGUGUACCACCAUGACUAUAACUUUUUUACCUCCCACUCUACCGUGUAAAAUGUUGUGUACUCAAACUUGUUCCUUAGAUUUUCUUCCAAAUGGUCUGAUAACUGCCAUUAACCCAGUUCCCUCUUUGUAGCAGUUCUGAGCACAUUUAGAAUCUGAGCGUGAUGUCAUGGAGUUGAUGUAAAUUAUGUAGCCAUGAAACUGAAGAGUGUGUAACCAUGUCAAUAGCAAUGGCUGGAUCCAAAACAGUGUCAGAGGGUUGUUUGUUUUCUUCUUCCCUUUUUUCUUGAGAAUAAAAGGAUGAUAGAGGAGUUGGGUGACGGAA